UGCUAAACGACAGCGAGACCCGGCAUCAUGACCUCGACAGCCACCAUCAAGGCCUUCCCUCUCCCUCCGGCCUUCACCGCGGCGGACCUCUAUUCCAUAGAUGAGCAUUCGGACGACGGCGCGGGUGCAGCGUCGAGCAAGGAGCAAGUACCACGGGUGAACCGAACGGCGAGGGCGGCGAGUCAAUCGUCGGCAUAUCCAGUGCAUCCAGGCCAGCAGAACGGACCAUCGAGAUUCCAGAAUGGCCCUCCGGAAGCCUUCCACGCGGCGUUGAAGCGACCCCAGAAGCUGGCAGGCGCUUCUUCUGCAAACAACAAUAACAAUCACAACGCAAUUCCUAGCAACAACAUGAACAAUGGCGGCCGCGGUGGUGCUGCUGCCGCUGCUGCUGCUGCUACUGGAAGCGGCAGUCACACCAACAACCCCGUCUAUAGGCCGCCGCCUCCUCUGGCUCAAGAAGGAAUCACUGGUCCGAGGAAGCGGGCAGCCUCGGUAGGGAACAGGAUGCACCUCAACACCCUCGAGACGAGCAGCUGGGUGCGCGAAAACGUCUACCUGACGUCGCCGAUUCGGUCGGCCUUCAAGAACGGGCCUGAUCGACGGCCGGACGAGCUCUUUAGUCUCCUGCCAGGAGAGGUGCUCGACUUGGUGCUCCGGUCGUUGAGGGGGUUGCACCUGGAUAAGAGCAGUGACAGCUGUGCGACGUGUAUGAUGCGAGAUCUGUGCAGCGCCGCUUUGUGCAGCCGGAGGUGGUAUAAGCACGCCCGUGCAGUCUUAUAUGAAGACAUACAGCUCGUCGGCUCAGACUCAGCCGCCCACAAGAAAAGGUUCAAGCAGAACCAGGGCAACCGCAUGGCCCUCCUCCGACGCACCCUCCGCUCCAACCCCGACAUCGCCGGCCUGGUCCGCUCGCUCAAGGUCCCGCAUCCGGAGCCGCCGCUGAACUGGUCCGCCUCCAAGGGCAUGCUGUGGCUGGAGCAGUACGAGGACCGGGUGGCCGCGCUCGUGAUGGCGUGUCCGAAGCUGGAGAGGCUGUCGGGCCCGACGCCAAACUACGACCACUCGUUCAAGAAGAUCUUCCACGCGCUGUCGACGAGGACGGCGCUCAAGGACAUGACGUGGAUCCUGGAGCCGGCGCCGGCGCCUCAGGGGCAGCAGCAGCAGCGGACGGACUCGCCGUCGAAGCAACGGGGGCAGAGCGGCCCGUCGAUGCUGGAGCCGUCCCAAGGAGACGCGUUCCUGAGCAGCCAUCGCAACUGGACGUCGCUCUCCAAGCUGUCGAUACUCUGCCAACCCGGCGCCACGCUGGCUCCUCACAGGCUCCUCUCCAAGACACUGACCUACCUCUGCAACCUCCCGCCCAACGCCUUCAACGACAACAACCUCCUCUCCCUCCCGCCGCUCAAGUCCCUCAUCCUCUCGCGCAUCGUCGGCAUCACGUCCGGCGGCCUCACCACCUUCGCCACCCGCGCCAACACCUCGCGCCUCGAGCGCCUCGAGCUCCGCCACACGCCCUUGACGUCCCUCCCGGCCCUCGCCCGCAUCUUCUCCCAUCUGCCCUCGCUCCGCGUCUUCGCCCUCGCGCAGUCCUUCCCCCCCGUCAUGCCCGAGACGGACUCCUUCGCGCUCUGGAUGAUGCCCUACCUCGCCUCGGCGUCCAUCGUCAAGCUGCACUGGGACAUCACCAGCCAUCCGGCCACCACCAAUUCCGCCGACGACAUCCUCGCCCGCAGCAUCGAGGCCGGCGGCUUCCCCGCCCUCGCCGUCCUCCGGACCCCCAACGACCCCGAGGCCCGCUUCCAAGCCCUCUGCCGCCCCGUCCACCACAUCUGCCUCCCCACUGACCGCUUCUACCGCCACAACACCCUCGUCGGCGGCACCACCACGAACCUCCCGGCCUCGGGCUCCUUCAGCGCGCCCUCGUCCCCCGUCUCCCCCAUCCACAAGUCCGCCACGACAAUGUCCCUCCCGGCAACCAUCUACGCGGCGCCCUCGUCCCCGGGGACAGACCUCCACAAGGCUCGCCUCGCCGCCCAGGCCCGCCUCGAGGCCGCCCACGACGUGCCCCGGUUCACCUUCAACGUCACCGACGACGACGGCCAGGUCGCCCAGACGUUUGGCGUGGCCGGCUUCCUCGGCACCCUGGGCAGCAAAAUCACCUACCACCUGCUUCCCGACGACGGGGCCACGGACGAACAGGGCGGCCUCGUCGACGUGAUUGAUCUCGUGGGCGACGGCGGGGAGGCGCUCGCCGGCGGGAGAGAAGGAUGCACGGGGCGCUGGAACCAGAAGGAGGGCGAGGUGGCCGAUAAGAAGGAGAAGGAGAAGUGGUGGCAUACCGAAAGGGGGAGAUGGCGACGGAUUGAAGCGUGA